UGUCACUGCCGUCGGAGGUGAGAUCCGGGCCUCGAUGGAGCCGACCUCGGGGCCUCGCCGGAGUUCCACCCAGGAGCCGGAUGGCCCAUACGACGGAGCGGAUCGCAUCAGCGCCCUCCCCGACGACCUGCUCCUCGACAUCCUCGCCCGCCUCCCCUGCGCCGGCGCCGCCGCGCGCACUGGCGUCCUCUCCCGCCGGUGGCGCGGCCUCUGGGCCCGUCUCCGCCAGAUCAUCUUCCGCGACGUGCCCUUCCUCUCGCUCGAGGCGGCGCUCGGCCGCGUCCCUCCUCCCCCGCCAGCGGUUACCCUCCUCGAAAUCCGCGUCCCCCAGAAGCGGUGGCGCAGCGUCUUGGCCAUCCCCAACGAGGACCAGGUAGGCAGGGCCGUCGUCAAUUCGCUGCUCCGGGCCGCGGCGCGGCUCGCGCCAGAGAAGCUCGUCUUCCACCUUCCUGCCUACUUAAUCGGCCGUUUCCGUCUCGCCGUCGACCUGCCUCGCCUGGACGGCGCCACCUCCAUCGCGCUGGGCUUUCCCUCCCCCUACUCCCUACGCUUGCCGGACGGUGCCGAGUUCCCAGCACUCGAGGCGCUGUCCCUGACAUACUGCAGCACCGACCUCGACGCCUGGCUCUCCUGCUGUCCGCGCUUGCGCACGCUCCGCGUCUGCAGGGUCUUGUUUCCUAACCACAAGUGCGACAUUAGGGUCAACUCCCUGUCGCUGCAGGAGCUUGUUGUGUACCGCGAGCUCAGCUUGACACAGCAAGUCGACAUCGUUGCGCCAGCGCUGAAGGAAUUGACCAUGUCAUUUAGAACAAAGAAGCUGAUCAGCAUCUCUCUCUUGACACCAUUGGUGGAAAAGGUUUCGUGGCACUGCUACUACUCGGGGCCGUAUAUUGUGUUUGGUCUCUGGGGCAUCAACAAGUUGCAGCUACAGACGGCAGACAAACAAGGACAGCUAUCCUCGCUGCAAAUUCAUGCCUACGCGGACACGUCUUUUCUUGACGCCGAGGCGGGCAACUUCGCGCAGGAGAUAGAGAAACAUAUGGUUGCCGCCUUCUCUGUUUUAGAGCUGCAUCUCACAGCAAAGAGGCAUGCUUUUGGAGUGUUUGUGUUUCAUCUCCUUGGGAUGGAUCGGAUUCGUACUGCUACGCGGAGGCUUAAGGUCGACCUACAGAGAUCAGCGAUGAAAGAAGGAUGCACGCCACUUUGUCCUUGUGAGUUUCCGAACUGGAAGUCCCAAAUUAUCUGCUUGGCUGCUCUCGAAGAAGUGGAGUUCAAUGGCUUAGAAGGAGAGGAUCAUGAGUUUGAUUUACUUAAAUUGAUACUCGGAUGUGCACCGAUGUUAAAAAGAAUGAUCGUGAAGCUGUCAGAGGAGACCUCGGCAAGUAAUGAUGGAUGCGCAAAGAUAUGCAACAUCUUCAAUGCAUGUUCUUCUGUGGACUGUGAUGUUUAUGACAGCUCUGCAAAGUCUUCUUCUUUGGCAGGUUCUUUGAAGAAGUGGUGUAAGAAGAAAAAGCUCUUCCAGCAAGAGCUUUUGGAAAUUGAGUCCAAUAUUAAUCAGAUUCAGCAGCUUCCAAUUCAGAAGCAAAAUCACACUUUGGAAAGCUCUCUCACUCUUAGGUAUGAACAAACUCUCUCUAAGCUCAAUCAAUUUUAUAAACAGGGAAGUAAGAAGGGUUGGGCCACUGCUAGUGAUCGUAAUACUAAGUUUUUUCAUCAGGUUGUGAUCAAAAGAAGAAAAAGAAAUACUAUUUGUUCCAUUAAGGAUGAGAAUGAUGUGCUUCAUUUUAAACCUAGUGCUAUCACUAAUACUUUUGUCAAUUAUUUUAGAUACAUCUUCUCUUCGCCAAACAAUAACACUGCAAGGCCUUUUCUUAAUACUCGUUUGCCUGACAACUCUUUGGAUCCUACUUACUUUCUUCCAGAUAAACAUGAGAUUUUGCAGAUUCUCAAAGAUAUGAAGUUGAAUGCUUCUCUGGGUCCGGAUGGAUUUAAUGUUGAAUUUUAUCUGGCAGCAUGGGAUUGGAUUGGCGAGGAAGUUACUCAACUUGUGACUACCUUUUAUAAAACUGGUAUUUUACCUCCUCAUAUCAAUGACACUAAUAUUGCUCUCAUUCCAAAAAAGUUAGUUUCUCAAGUUCCUAUGGAUUAUCGUCCCAUUAGCCUUUGUAAUGUUGUCUACAAAAUCAUUGCGAAAUCAUUGGCUAAUAGGAUUAAGCCUCAUCUUCCGGACUAUAUUUAUCCGGCAGAACAAACCUUUAUUGAGGGUAGAAGAAUUAGCGAUAACAUCAUUAUUGCUCAAGAGAUUACUCACUCCUUCGCUCUAAAAUCGUGGAAUCAUCAUGCUUUCAUGCUCAAGAUAGAUCUUGCUAAAGCUUUUGAUCGUCUUGAAUGGAGUUUCAUUGUGUUUGCUCUUGCACGUAAAGGUCUGCAUGGUCAUUUCAUUAAUUUGAUUCAUGCUUGCAUUUCUUCUCCUACUUUCUCUGUGCUUAUUAAUGGGCAGCCUUCUCAUAAAUUUAAAAGUUUCAGAGGUAUUCGUCAAGGCUGUCCCAUGUCGCCUUAUUUGUUUGUUAUUGCUAUCAAUGGAUUAUCUGUUGCUCUUAAUGAAGCUCUAGCUGCUCAUCAUCUCCAGGGUAUUUCACUUGGUCCAGAUUGCCCUUCUAUUCAUUCUCUGUUGUUUGCAGAUGAUCUGUUGGUUUGUGGUCAAGCCACUAUGCAGGAAGCAAAUUCUAUGGCUCAACUCAUCCAUCACUUUUGUUAUAUUUCAGGUCAAACACCAAAUUGGGCCAAAUCUGCUAUUCUUUUUAGUACUCAUGUUAGUCAAACCACUAUUCAAGAGAUUAAGCAAGUUUUUCCUGUUUCUAUCAUGGAUAACAAUUUCACCCACCUUGGUCAUCUGCUUAUUCUUCCUGCUAAAAAUAGAACUGCUGCUUACAACUUUGUUAUUGAUAAAUUUCUGAAUAAAUUGCCUGCUUACAAAGCUAAUAUGCUCUCUCAUGCUGCUAGGCUUGAGCUCAUUAGGUCUGUGUUCUCUGCUAUUCCUGUGUACUACAUGUCUAAUAUUUUGUUUACCAAGAAGUUUAUAGCCAAACUCACUGCUAUUAUAAGGAACUUUUGGUGGACAGGAAUCAGAGAGAAUAAUUCUAACAAGAGCCUUUGUCUUAGGGCUUGGAAGGACAUUUGCAAUUCCAAACAGGAAGGUGGUCUUGGCAUUAGGAACUUGCAAGCUAUUAUAAGGAACUUUUGGUGGACAGGAAUCAGAGAGAAUAAUUCUAACAAGAGCCUUUGUCUUAGGGCUUGGAAGGACAUUUGCAAUUCCAAACAGGAAGGUGGUCUUGGCAUUAGGAACUUGCAAGCAAUUAAUGAGGGCUUACUUCUUGCAGCUGCUUGGAGGCUUGCUAAAGACCCUUCCUCCCACCUUCAUCUUGUGCUGAAAUCUAAAUACUUCCAUGAUGCCUCUAUUUGGACUGCUAUUUCUAUUACUCCAAAAUCUGCUUUCUGGUCAUCCAUUUUAAAAAUGUUGCCUAAACUGAAAGAUCACUCUUUUUACCAACUCACGCAAGGGAAUAUCUCUCUUUGGAGUACCCCUUGGUGUUCCCUUUGGGCUUCUGUUCAUGACAAUCUUAUUAUUCAACCUUCAGGAUACAUAUAUCCUUCUCUUGUUAAGGACCUUUGGAUACUGGGUCAGAAAGUCUGGAACAAUGACCUCAUUAACUCUCUCUUUCAACAACCUCUAGCCUCUGUUAUCGUUCAAACUGACAUUAUUCACCAAGAUUGCCCGGAUAUAUUAUGUUGGGAUCUAACUCCUAAUGGUACUUGUUCUUCCAAGUCCACUUAUAAAUUGUGUUUGCAGGAUAUUCAUGCCAAUCCAAGAAAUACUCCUUCCCAAGUUCCUUUGCAGAUGAAAAAUCUUCUCAAGUUGAUUUGGAAGCAAAAGUUGAUGAUCCCCAGAGUUCAAACUUUCGCUUGGAGACUCCUUCGGAAAGCUCUUCCCACAGGUUUGAGGGUUGGGCGCUUUUCCGUACAUAUUUCUCAAUAUUGUUGCAGAUGUGGUCAGCAAGAGGAUGAGGUUCACAUGUUUUUUCUUUGUGACUUCGCUAGAGCUGCUUGGUUUUCUCAUCCUUGGUUCAUCAGAACAGAUGCUUUAGUUCAGAUCUAUACCAAUAUCCAUAGUAUAAUUCUUACUUUACUUAAUAUGAACCAUCCGCAUGCUUCUGUUGUCAACAUUCUAAAUUUUAUGUGGUGUCUUUGGAAAGCGAGAAAUGAUUAUCUUUUUAAUAGAAAGAAAGCUACCCCUCACCAAGUUAAUAUUGCUGCUACUUCUCUAUCUAAUGAUUUCUGUGAUCUGCUUAACAGUUCUUCACACCAUCAGCCUCAAAACUCCAGUUGUAUCUUAACCCAUACUAAUCAACUUCCCUUGCAGGGACAAACGCUUAAAUCAGAUCUUCUUAUCACGGGACCGAAAGUAUAUACUGAUGCAUCUUUUAAGUGCAAAAAAAUUCCAGGUUUAUUGCAGGGAACAGCAGCCACUGGAGUUGGUAUCUACAUUUCUUUGCCGCACGAUCAGAAGGAAGUCAGCGUGCAGAUUCAAGCUUCCACCUCAAUUACAAGUACUCCUCUGCAGGCUGAAGCGUUUGCUCUUCUCUUGGCUGCAAAAGUAGCUAAAUGUCUCAACAUCAGCCAGCCGACCUUCCUCACAGACUGUCUCUCUUUGGCUUCAUUUGCGGCUAGUAGAAAGAUUACUGAAACUGCUACCCCUUGGACUAUCAGGGAAGUUUUAGCUGAUUUCUUCUGCUACUCUUCAGACCUUCAACCUAGAGUGUUCCAUAUUUCCAGGGAAAUUAAUGGAAUUGCUCACAACGUCGCUCAUCAGGUUCUUACAUCAAAUGUAGAACCUGACAUAUGUUGUUUUGCUUCGGCUCGCAGGAACAUGGCUUGCCCUGUAGUUUCUCUCCUCUCUAAUUUCGAGUUUGAGGGCUUUGUAAUUCAUGCUGUACGUUGCUAUUGAGCUGAGCUGAAUGGAAAGUUUGGCGCUUCGUGCGCCUUUUGUUGUUCAAAAAAAAACAUUUUUUGUGUGGUAUGCCAAUAAGUUUUUAUCUGGAUUAUCGUGAAGAACUGACACAUUUGAAGGAGUAUAUGUACCGUACUGCCACAGCUCUUUUUUAUUGCUUUUUGCUUUCCAUCCAAAGCAGCUCACGCGUACUGGUAUUGGACUUGUAUUCGGUUUUGCUUUUACAUCUGGACACGCAGGUCACACGUAUUGGUAUUGGACUCAUGCAGAUUGCCUAAUAUGGACCUUCCUUUUUGCAUAGCUAACCUUGCUGUCUGUGUACCUUAUGAUGUUUUUUUACGUGAGUACUUUUUUUUUACUUAUGAUGUUAUGCAUAGGCAUAUACAUGGGAAACGUGGUAGUUUUUUUCUGGAGCAACGUGGCAGCUCUUUAUGUUUAUACGGACAUGUUAAAUAUGUCACAUAAAAACUUUAAAUCUUAGCCAUUAUUAUUUUGAUCAAACUGUGCAAAUAUCAUUAGCAUCUGUGGACCAAC